GCUACUGUAUCUGUUUUUCAGUCCGGGUAACUGCUAUACCCCAAUUUUGAUUUGCUUGUGAAGGCUCAUAGCUAAACGACUAUGGGGAAGUUGGCGAGAUUAGUCAUCUGCGGGCCAAGUGGAGCCGGGAAGACGUCACUAAUAGAACACUGCAUUCAUGGGAAUUUUUUUUCUAAAUCCGCAGAAGAUUUUGUUCCAACUAUCGAGGACACUUACAAUGCGGUAGUGGAGACUGACCGUGGGACAAGAGAAAGAAUGCGCAUCUAUGAUUUGGGUGGCAAGUCCAAAAUCGAGCGUCAUUUUAUCAACAAUGCUGAUGCAUUCAUCUUGGUUUAUGACGUCACGGAUGCACGAACUUUGACAGCCGUCAAACUGUUGAAGCGUCAGCUUGAUGAGUGUAGAGGGAAACGAGAAGCCAUGUUUGUUCUUUGCGGUAACAAGGUGGAUCGACCACGUGAUCCUUCAAUCGAUACGGCUGAACUUAACAAAUGGGCUCAGUCCGAACGCACUUUUUUGUGCGAGACAACGGUCCACGAUCGACAAGCACUGUGUAGUGUUUUCACUUGGAUUGUCUCUCGAAUUACACAGUCCCAAGGGAAAAGCGGAUUCUCGUUCGGGAAGAAAGAUACCCGCUGUUAUAUCGGUGUCGGUGGGCCCUCGAGACCCGAUGCCGAUUGAUUUCCACCUAUCUGCUCGUUCGUCCAAUUCUCGUUUAAUUGUCCAUGCACAUGUCUCUGCUGUGAUACUUUCCUUCUUUGUGCUUACAUAUAUCUGUUGCACGUUUUGACUUCUGCACUUUAAAUAAACAGCAUUUCUCCUGCUGCUCCUUUCUGUAUCCUCCGUACUGUAUAGCAGUCCAGAUUCUUUUCCUCCCAUCGCACCACUUCUUUCUUAGCUUUACCGGCGCUCAUUCGCAACAGAUCCCCAAAUCAAAAUGACUGCCUCUCCAAUACCCACACAGCUUCGUCGCAUUUGCAUGGUCUCGCUGUAGUUUUAUCACCAUUUCACUUCUAGCCCUCUUCCGUCGAACAAUUUUUUCCACUCCUUUUAAUCCUUCACGGAGUUGCGUUUUGCGCUCGCAAGUGCUUUUCCGGUAGAGAGUGUCUCAUUUGUACAUCGUUACUCCACUGUUCAUUGCCUAUGCAUCCCACCGAACUGCAUCGGCCUGUUAAUCUGUCACUUUUAUCAGUGAAAUCUUUCUGUCGUUCAUUUUAUAUUCCGCUUGAUCUUUGCACAAAUCUGUUAACUCUUUUGUCCGCUGAA